AUGGAUGAUGCGAGUAUUAAAAUUGAAUGGCCAGGAUUGGGCCAGCUGGCAGCAGGACCAGUCACUAGCAAUCUUAACCUCAGGGUGUUUGUUGGGACUUGGAAUGUAGGAGGCCAAACUCCGGACGACGGUCUGAACCUCAGCGAGUGGUUAAACACUAAAACAUCAGCUGACAUUUACGUGCUCGGGUUCCAGGAGAUUGUACAGUUAAAUGCAUGCAACGUGCUAGGUCCCAAAGACCCUAUCCCAGCCUCAAAAUGGAUUUCCUUAAUCCACAAAUCUCUAAACCACGACACAAUUAAUGUCUCUUUCAAACAGAGCAGUCAACGACACCGGAAAGUCAAACCGAGAGUCAGCUCCUCUGACUUGUUGAUCCCAUUAAAUGAUGAGCUGAGUGACACAAAGGGCUCCAAUUCUUGUUCCACUGAGGAGGGUUCACCCGGUCCAGGUUCAUCUAACCAAUCGGAAAAGAAUCUCGGUACACCACAAGUUAAGUAUUGUUUGGCCGUCAGCAAGCAGAUGGUGGGGAUAUUUUUGUCCGUUUGGGUUCGCAAAGACUUGGAUAAUCUUAUUACCAGCUUGGAGGUUUCAUGUGUUGGAAGGGGCAUCAUGGGAUAUCUUGGGAAUAAGGGAUCAAUAUCUAUCAGCAUGACAUUGCAUCAAACAACGCUUUGCUUCGUGUGCACUCAUCUAGCGUCCGGAGAAAAGGAGUGUGACGCGGUUAGAAGAAAUUCGGACGUGAAAGAAAUUCUGAAACGAACAAGAUUCGACCAUUCGUGUAGGGGUCGGGGGAAACAAGCCCCACCGGACAAAAUUUUGGAUCAUGACAGUAUAAUUUGGUUUGGGGACUUGAAUUAUCGGCUUGCUUGCAUUGGCGAUGAUACGUACAAGUUACUAGAAAGGAAUGAUUGGCAAGCACUCUUGAAGAAAGAUGAGUUAAAGAUAGAACAGAAGGCGGGUCGCGUGUUCAAAGGAUGGGAAGAAGGGAAAAUAUAUUUUGCUCCGACGUACAAAUACCUCACAAACUCAGACAAUUACAUCAUCCAAAUCCCCACACCGAAAAAUAAGCGCAGGACUCCCGCCUGGUGUGACAGAAUUCUUUGGAAAGGGAAAGGGGUUAACCAAAUGUGCUAUGCUAGAGGGGAAUCAAAAUUUUCAGACCACAGGCCAGUUUAUUCUGUGUUCUCAGUUCAAGUCAAAUUGAAUUGUAGCCACGAAGUUUAUUCUGAUUUAACGUAA